AUGCCGUCACGUGUCUCGAUUCCCGGCGACGAGUAUGAUCUAACGGUUGCUCGCGGCCUCGGUCUCGGCCAGCUCUUCUACAGCCAGGCUCAGAAAUCCCCCAAGGCUAUUGCCGUCGUCGAUGGAAAAUCCACCUAUACGUAUGCACAGUUGCACUAUCAAGCCUCAAAUCUGGCACUGCAGAUCUCACAAUGCACAUCUGGCAACCAAGAGCCGGUGGGAAUUGUGGUGCAGCAUGGCGUGGCCGACGUCGUGGCCCAACUGGCGGUCAUCUACGCCGGCGGCAGCUGUACUCCCAUGGACCCAACACUUGCCGAUCAUCAGAUUCAAGGCCGGCUAGCGCGGUUGAAUGCUCGUUGUGUCCUAACUGACCGGGCUAAUCGCCACCGCGACCUGCCUCUUGUCGUUGUCUGCAUCGACGAUGCGAUAACGUCGACUCCUGCAAACGAAGCAUACCCAAUUGCCACCGGCCUCGAGCAUUGCACGCACCUUAUCCACACCUCAGGGACCACAGGCGAAGCCAAAGCAGUCCGGGUUGCGGCCCGGUCUAUCUUACACGUGGUGUUUCAUGCCCCGUUUGAGCCUGUAUACACAUCCGAUGUGGUGGCCCAUGUUAACAACAGCAGCUUCGAUGUGUCUCUUUUCGAUAUUUGGGCGCCCUUGCUUCGCGGUGCGCAGAUUGCUAUCUUGAGUAAGGCUGUAUUGCUCGACAUACCCGUUAUGGCGAGCGAAAUCAAUCGUCUAGGCAUCACCGUUAUGGCUACCACCACUGCCUUACUUAACCUCGCGGCCUUUACAUAUCCUCAGGCCUUUGCCAAUUUACGCAUCUGUUUUAUUGGGGGUGAGGUGGCCAACCUCGCCGCCUUAAAAAUCAUCUUCGACGAGGGUCCCCCAGAGAUACUUAUCAAUGCUUACGGGCCGACGGAGUGCUGCAUCUUCUGCUUGGCUCAUCGCGUUACCCCCAAGGACAUCCGCGACGGCUCCAUAAGCAUCGGCAUGCCUAUCGGUCGCACUAUUGCGUGUAUAGCUAACGAUGCGGGCACCCCUAGUGACGAGGGGGAGCUCUUGAUCGGCGGUCCGGGCCUAUCCCCAGGCUAUGCCAACCAACCGGGGAAGAACGCCGCUGCAUUCAUAAACACCCUCGUCCCGUCAGCUGACGCGGCCGAUGUGACGCGGCUCUAUCGGACUGGCGAUAUUGUACGGCGCCGGCCGGAUGGACAGAUUGAUUACAUCGGUCGCCGGGAUCACCAAGUUAAGAUCCGGGGGUUUCGCAUUGAGCUUGGAGCGGUCGAGACGGCCCUCCUUGGGACUGGUCACUUUGCGGAGGCGGUAGCCAUGAAAGUUGAGAUGCUACAGAAAGGAGCUGGCUCCAUUCUAGUGGCAUAUGCAGUGCCCGCCGACAUAGCCAACCCACCUGCCAUCAAUGAAGCGUUGGAACUGGUUAAGGCCAACCUUCCGGAUUAUAUGGUUCCUCAGCUAGAGCUUAUCUCCCAGAUGCCUCUAAACAGCCACGCCAAGGUAGAUCGCAUACAGCUAAAGGAGAUCUUUGGCCAACGAUGGAAGGAUGUCCACCAGCCGGAACUGCGGAAUAUAUCUCAAGAUAUCCGUUCCACGCUGGCAGGUCUCUGGACAAGCACCCUAGCAUCGCCAGUCACCACAUACGAGGACCAUGAUGACUUUGUCAGCCUUGGCGGCACCUCUCUUCAGGCGUCCCUGCUUAUCAGUCAAAUCCGGCGCAUCUUUGGCGUCCACGUGUCCCUUCUCACACUAUACGACAAUUCUUCCCUUGGAGGUCUAACAUCAGUCAUUUCAAAGACUAUGAAUGGCCGACAGGAGACUCUCCGCGACGAGAGGAGCACCUGGCUCGCCGACAGCAUGAUCGCCGACAGCAUGCCUUGCCCGUCAGGCCCAGUUGUUGACUGGCGCCGGGACACAGAAGGACGCAUCUUCAUUACGGGGGCGACUGGAUUUGUAGGCGCGUUUAUGCUUGCCGAUCUGUUGCGCAUGCCGCAGGUUCAUCAGAUCGGCUGUCUGGUCCGUGCGAGCGACAGUACCGCUGGUCUAGAGCGGUUAAGAGCUGCUAUGGCUAAGUAUAACCUCUGGGAGGAGUGCUUUGCUGACAAGUUGCUGGCUAUUCCUGGCCUGCUUGAAGAUGAAUACUUGGGAAUGGGCCAUAAGAGGUUCAAUGAAAUUGCCCUUUGGGCCAGCGCCGUCUUUCACCUUGGAGCUCGGGUCAACUAUACGCAGCCGUACUCACUGCAUCGGCCUGCCAAUACGCUAGGCACGCUGAACGUUAUACGCUUUGCCUGUGCCGGCCGAGUGAAGCCAAUCCACUAUGUGUCCAGCAUUUCUUGCUUUGGGCCUACUGGGUUUGUUACGGGGGCGUCUACCGUGAGGGAGGAUGAGCCCCUGCUGCCGCAUCUCGCCGCCCUCCCUUACGACCAUGGCUAUGCCCAGAGCCAGUGGGUGGCCGAACAGUUGCUACGACGCCUGAUGGACCGAGGCUUUCCGAUUGCUGUCUAUAGGCCGGGCUUCAUUACUGGCCAUAGUCAGACAGGGGCCUGUAACCCAGAUGAUUUUUUCUGUCGCUUGAUCCAUGCCUGUUGCGAAAUGGGAUGCUACCCCAAGCUCCCUAAUCAGCGCAAGGAGUUUGUGCCUGUGGACUAUGUCAGCUCGGCUAUAUUACACAUUGCCGCAUCACCGACGUGUCUCGGCCGCGCCUAUCACCUUGUGCCGCCGUCUCGGGCUGUCUCGGUUGACAUGGACGAGUCGAUGGACCUUGUCGGCAAAGCCGGCAGCUCGCCGAUGUAUGGAGUGUCCUAUACCGAAUGGAUAGACCGGCUGGCGGCCUGCCCGCCGCAACGCCUUCUCCCGCUGCAGCCCAUGUUGGCGGAAAAGGUCCAAGAUGGGCGGACGCGGUGGGAAUUAUACGAGAAUAUGCCUGUGUACGAGACGACGAACACUGACGAGGCGCUGGAGAGUUACCCGGGGGGGCUAAAGUUCCCCGUGUUGGGGGUCUCAUUAAUGAAGAAGUACCUUGAUUUCCUUCAGGCAAGACAAUAG